AUGAGCUGUCUCCGGAGAACUAAUUUAAAUCUUUUAUUACAGGCAGUACAGACCGGUAACGGUGUGACGGUCGGUUACGGUGUGUUGCGUGAAGCAUGCGCUCAAAAUAGAUACAUCCUUGGUCCGCUGUAUGCAGACAGUGAAGCAGUGCUUGUUCCAUUGAUACAUGCCUAUCUAGAUGGCCUCAAGCCUACUGAUAUUAUUCAAGUGCGUAUUCCAACUAUCAAUGUGGAGAAAUUUAAGCAGGCCCUAACGCAUUGCGCAUUGAUCGAAUUCCAGGGCGAAUUUACACCGCAAUACACAAAAAAUGCGCCGGAUCUUGAUCCUCAGUUCGUCUACAGUAUUACUGAUUUCAGCGCCCCACUGUGA